AUGCAGAUUAUUGGCUAUACGGCAGCAGCCGCACUCGUUUCUGGCCUUGCAGCCGCUCAGUCCUCACACUGGGUCGAUAUCUGGACUGCCAUGCCGCAAUUGACCGAGCCGGCCAAUCUUCCUCCGCAGCCAUUUAAUUCCAGUUCCGCCAUCUUCCUCAACACAACAAUCCGACAGACCCUUCGACUCACUCAUCCUGCCUCGACGAUUCGUCUUCGUCUCUCGAACGCUUUUGGUGUGGACGAUCUCGACGUCGCCAAUGUGUCUCUUGCCCUUCCUUUGCAGAAUGAGCUUGGUGCAAGCGUCAUCGUUCCAGACACGGUUCAACCCAUCCUGUUUGAUGGUUUUGAUAGCAUUAUCAUUCCCCCUGGAAGCUUAGCUGUAUCUGAUCCGAUUCAACUACCUUCCACCCAGCUGAAUACGACAAUCACGGUCGAUAUCUAUCUCGCAGAUGGUCAAUCAGGCGGAGCCAUCACCUCCCACCCGGGUAGUCGCACGACUUCGUGGAUGCAGUUUGGGAACUCAAUCGGGAUAACUAACUUCACAGACCCUUCCGUAGCCAGUGUGGAGCAUUGGUACUUCAUAAGCACUGUUGAGGCCUACCUACCAAACACCGUCAAAGCCUGCGCCCUGCUGGGCGACAGCAUCACCGACGGGAGAGGCAGUGACAACAACAAGAACAACCGAUGGCCCGACCUCCUCCUCACCCGCAUGCAGUCCACAGACUCCAACGCAGCCCUCUCCCAAAUCCCCCUCCUCAACCAGGCCGCCGGCGGCAACCGCAUCCUCCACGACAGCCUCGGCCCCUCCCUCCUCUCGCGCAUCGACCGCGACGUCCUCGCCCACACCCAAGUUCACUGGGCCAUCCUCUUCGAGGGUGUCAACGACAUCGGCACAGCGGACACCUCGCCUACCAACCAAACCGUCACCGGUGACCGGCUCAUCCGCGCCUAUCGCCAGAUCGUCACCCGGCUCCACGCGGUCGGGAUCCCGGUCUUCGGGGCGACGAUCACGCCGUUAGGGACCCCGGCGAAUGCCUCGGUGGUGCAGCCGUAUUCCGACCCGGAACGGGAGCGGACGCGACAGCGGGUGAACACGUUCAUCCGGGAGAGUGGGUUAUUUGACGCGGUGCUGGAUUUCGAUGCCGUGCUCAGGGAUCCGGAGGAUCCGGCGGUGCUGCGGGCGGAGUUUGAUUCCGGGGAUCAUUUGCAUCCGAAUGUUAAGGGCUAUGAGGCUCUGGCGGUGUCGGUGGAUUUGGAAAUUUUCUCUCGCUGA